AUGUCGACCAUCAACGUCAAGAUCAUCUCGGAUGUUGUCUGUCCCUUCUGCUAUCUCGGCAAGAAGCGCCUCGAAAAGGCCAUCGACGUCUACAAAAAGACCGUCCCCGGUGGCGCCGACGACCGCUUCGACGUGUCCUGGCAGCCCUUCUACCUCGACCCCAACGCCCCAAAGACUAGCGUCCCGACCAAACAGCGCUUGGCCCAAAAGUUCGGUGCCGACCGCGCCGAGGCCCUCAACGCCCGUAUGCGGGCCAUGGGCGCCGCCGAGGGCAUCAACUUCACGCAUGAGGGCAAGGUUGGCAACACCCGUGACGCCCACCGCAUCAUCCAGCUCGCCAAAACCCAGGGUGCCGACAAGGAAGACUCGGUCGUCUCCAGCCUGUUUCGCUCCUACUUCGAGGAGGGCGGCGACAUCACGUCGCAUGACGACCUGGCAGCUGCGGCUGAGCGUGGCGGCCUUGACGCUGCGACGGUUCGCGACUGGCUCAGCAGCGACAAGGGCGGCACUGAGGUCGACACCUCGGUCAGCGAGGCCUUCCAGCACGGCGUGCACGGCGUCCCGCACUUUAUCAUCAACGACAGCGCCGAAGUCAGCGGUGCCCAGGACGUCCAGACUUUUGUGGGCGAGUUCCUGCGCGCCAAGAAGAACGCCCGCUGGUGCAGCGGCUGCCAUGGACAUGUUGUCGUCGCCGUCGAAUUCCCCUUCGCCGCCCCGUCGGUCGCGGUUCAUACCCUCAAGCCGCUGUGCUUGCUCCGCCACUUUGGCCUCGUACUUCUCGGCACCCUUGAGGAGAAUGUUGACGUCGACGUCGCCGCCGCCACCGCCACCGCCACCGCCAUUGCCGCCACCAGUUCUCCGCCCGAUCUUACGGCCGCUACAGCUGUCUGCCGCCGCGGUGCAGCACUUGGCCGUGCCGACGGCGGGCCCGUUGUAACUUCGCCGGCUGCUACAUUGAAGACAGUCUGGCGCCGCUUGGAGGACGACGCCGCGACUCCUGCCCCAGAAUCGCCUGCCCCAGACACGGCCGUAGAGGGUGCGUCGGCCGGCGUCGUCUUGGCUGCCGGAAGUGGUGCCGGUACCGAAAAGAGUGCUCGCUCAUGCGCCUCUGUGUCGCGGAUGAGGCUGGUGAUGUCGUCGUUGUAG